CAUUGGAUCAGGGAGCGAUAGCAGGGAGAUUGUCGAGGAAGGAAGGGUGACUGGAGGAGGCGUGGCAGCGGAGAGAGAGAAGGAGAGGAGAGUGGAUGCAACCCACACCCUGAGAUGCUGUGCUGGCUGAGAGAAGACGAGAUGUCGGUCCAGGAGCUUCUACAGAGGGUGCAGUGUGUCAUCACUCAUGUUGAUGAGAUCAUGCAGCAGGAGAUCAGGCCCCUCCUGGCUGUAGACAUCAUAGAGCAGCUUCAUCGACAGUUUGCCUUGCUCUCAGGGGGGCGAGGGAAAGAUGGGGCCCCCAUCAUCACCUUCCCAGAGUACUCAAGCUUCAGCGAAGUGCCAGAUGAUGACUUCCUCAAUGUAGUUACUUACCUGACCAGCAUCCCCAGUCUGGAUGCUGCCAGUAUCGGCUUCAUUAUCAUCAUCGACAGGCGGAAGGACAAAUGGAGCUCAGUGAAGGCCUCUCUAUCAAGGAUUGCUGGGGCAUUUCCAGGAAACCUGCAGCUGGUGUUGGUGCUGAGGCCGUCCAGGCUCUUCCAGAGGGCUAUAGCAGACAUCGGGAUCAAGCUGCACAAGGACGACUUUAAAAUGAAGAUUGUGAUGCUGAACUCUCUGUCGGACCUACAUGGCUAUGUGGAUAAAGGGCAGCUGACCCGGGAGCUUGGAGGAAGCUUGGAGUACUGUCACAGUCAGUGGAUACACCACCGAACUGCCAUAGAGAACUUUGCCAUGACGGUGAAAACCACAGCCCAGAUGUUACAGAAGUUUGGGACAGACCUGGCAGAGACGGAGUUGCCCAAUGACGUCCAGUGCACAAAAGACCUGCUCACAGCGCACACCGACAAACACAACAACCUCAAGGAUGAACUAAAGCUAGCUCUAAAGCAGGGCACCACUUUGUUAGGUUGUAUCAAGGAGCAGGCAGCUAAGUCAGAGAACCACAAACUCAACCCAGACGAGACGGAGAACCAAACCACUGUGGAAAGGCUCCUAGCCCAGCUGGAUGAGACGGAGAACGCCUUUGAACAGUUCUGGUGUAAACACCAUCUGAAACUGGAGCAGUGCCUGCAGCUACGCCACUUUGAACAGGACUUCAGAGAGGUCAAAGUGUCUCUCGACAGUUUGGGCGACAGUCUAACCAGCUUAUCAGUCAUCGGGGAUUGUCUGGCCAGAGUUGAGCAGCUGCUAACAGAACUGAAAACACUGGAGGAGAAGGCUCAGCCUACACUAGAAAAGGCCCAGCUCCAUGCACUGCACGGUGACCAGCUGAUCCAGAGCAACCACUACGCUGUGGACUCUAUCCGACCCAAGUGUGUAGAGCUCCGGCGGGUCUGCGAUGACUUCAGCAAUGAGGCCAAGAAAAAGACUGACGUCUUGUCCAAAUCCCUGCAGAUACACACGGGCAUUGAAAAGGUAAACCAGUGGUGUGAGUCUGGCAUCUACCUGCUGGCAUCCCAGGCUGUGGAUAAGUGUCAGUCGCAGGAAGGGGCAGAGUCGGCGCUGACCGACAUCGAGCGCUUUCUGGAGUCGGCGGAAAAGAACCAACUGACUGAGCUGAGGAACCUCCACAACCAGUAUGAGGUUGUCCUGUCUGAGGAUAUCAAGGCCAGUGUCCUGAAGGCGUUGAAGCGGCUGGAGGAUGUCCAGGAGAUGUUUGAAAAGCGGCACGUCAGUCUGAAGAGACUGUCAGCUAAACAGACGAGGCCGGUCCAGCCCGUCGCCCCGCGGCCUGAGUCCUCUCCCAAACGGCCCUCACUGAAGAACCCCUCCAGGACGACAGGGAGCCAGCAGCCUCUGGCUCGCAGAACUUCUGAUAACUCGAACAGUGGCAAGCAGCAGGCCGAAGCUGAUCCCAACAAGAGGAAGAACAUACGCAAGGCCAAGGGAGGCAUCAAGAUUGAGGUGAUGCACGAGGAAAGCCAAGGAGGUUCCACCCAUGUCGUUGUGACCAAUGAGACAGAGGAGAGUUUGUCCAACAGACGCAGACACAUCAUGACAGAGCUGAUUGAAACAGAGAGGCUAUAUGUGGAGGAACUGCAAAGCAUCAUGGAGGGUUAUUUUGCAGAGCUAGAUAACUCAGAGCUCAGCCACCUCACCCCCCCGUCCCUGGAGAACAAAAGGGAUGUGCUGUUCGGCAACCUGCCAGAGAUAUAUGAAUUUCACAACAGGACAUUUCUGAGGGAGCUGGAGAAUUGUACAGAGAAACCAGAGCUGGUGGGAACCUGCUUUCUGAAACGAAAAGAAGAGCUUCAGGUGUAUGAGAAGUACUGUCAGAAUAAACCCCGCUCUGAAGUCCUCUGGAGACAGUGUGGAGACAGCCUCUGCUUUCAGGAAUGCCAGAAGAAACUGGACCACAAGCUCUCCCUGGAUGCCUACCUGCUGAAGCCUGUCCAGAGGAUCACCAAAUACCAACUCAUGCUCAAGGAGAUGCUAAAAUGCAGUAAGAGCGAGGGGGUGGCUGAGCUAGAGGAGGCUUUAGCUACCAUGCUGGACAUCAUCAAGUCUGUCAAUGACUCCAUGCAUCAAAUAGCCAUCACUGGCUUUGAGGGAAACCUGAGUGAACUGGGGAAGCUGCUGAUGCAGGGAUCCUUUAAUGUGUGGACUGACCACAAGAAAGGCCACAGCAAGGUGAAGGACCUGGCCCGAUUUAAGCCCAUGCAGAGGCACCUCUUCCUGUAUGACAAGAUGCUGCUGUUUUGCAAGAAGCGAGAGGAGACCACAGAUGGACACGAGAAGACCCCGUCCUACAGCUUCAAACACUCACUCAAGAUGAGCGCCGUGGGCAUCACAGAAAACGUCAAAGGAGACAGCAAGAAGUUUGAGGUGUGGUACAACGGCAGGGAGGAGGUUUACAUCAUCCAGGCUCCUUCCAUGGAUGUGAAAAAUAUGUGGGUGUCAGAGAUUCGUAAAGUUCUUACAGGCCAGCUGGAGGCAUGCAGAGAAGCCAGUCAGCUCAACAUCUAUGGAGCACCGAUGAGGAAUGUGCGGAAGUUGGCGCUGAGACAGUCUGAUUCAUCAAGUCCAGAGUCCGGCUUCCGGAGGACCAACCCCAGCCCUAAUAUGAGACAGAAGAGAGGCUGGACGCAGCGGCGUCUCCCUUCCAUGGACACAGAGGACUUUGAGACGAUCCCCUCCAGUGCAGAGGAAUCCUCCAACUCUUCAGAGGAGGAAGGCAACAAUAAAAAUGGUGACAGCAGCCAAUUCCGGGUGCAGCUGACUUAUGACUCUCGUGAUGCACGGGACAUCUCUCUGGAGACGGGUGAUCUGGUCCAGUUUCUGGAGGAAGCAGAGAACGGACACUGAUAUCUUCACGGAUCUGUGUACAGCAGCACUCUCUGACUUGGACGAAAAUGAAGCCAGUACGUGGGAAAGCGUGUCUCAGGACAGCAGAUGAACACAGCUGACUAUUGUAGUUCAUUACAUUGGCCUACAAGCAUUUUGUUGGAUGACAAACAUGACUGAUAACUAACUACUCUAGUUUUUUCAACUGCAAUUUCCUCAGAUGGAUUUUAAAUAUCAACGACUAUUAGUUUUCUACUUGUAGUUCUUCGUUUGGACUACAAAUAUGGCCUGUUGAUGUUUUUAAACCACAGUUUUUCAUGUCUUACUCAUUGAGGGUUCUCAGUGAAGCCUCUGAAAAAAGCUGGAACCGUAACAUACCUGAACGCUGCCAUGGGAAAGCCAUAUAAGACUUUUAAUUCAACCAGCUGUCGUCUACAUGGCAGUGAAGACUGAUGGAUGUGGAUGCUGACUCUACAUCCAAAAUGUGGAUAAAUUCACAUUACAAACUGCAGUUCCAGAGUGGUUGGGCUGGAUACCUGAAAUCAAAUCCCAUUUAUGACUUAUAUAACAGGAAAAGUUAUAAAUUCCAUGUGCUGGUUGUGAGCAGGCCUUUUCCUGUUUUUGCAGAUACGCUGGGCUGAAGCAAAAAAAACUUAGGCCCUGGCCACACUGCAUACCUCACCUGUGUGUGACGGCGCCCAUGUUAACAGGUUAGAGCAGCCACACAGCCCGCCUGAGACGGGGGUGUGAGGUGCAGCAUCUCGAGUUACGACAUGGAGCCUAUUAUGCAGACGUGAGAUACGCGGUUCUCGGCAAGAAUAGACAGUGAAAGGAUGUGUUGAUAGUCAUAUUGACAUCAUGCCAGCAAAAUUACAUAAAACUGACACCUCUCAACGUCUAGGUUGAUUCUGAAUAUGUCACAGACAGAGAAGAAAUUUACAUUUUGUGUUAUUAAAGGAGAAACUGGCGGCUACAUGCGGACUAUAUUGUCAUAGGAGAAACUAGACUGUAAUUAAAGUAUAUAAUGUUAAUAAGCAAACAGUAGUUUUCUGCUGCUCUCUCUCUCUCUUCCUCUCUCUCCCUCUCUCCCUCUCUCUGUGUGUGUGUGUG